GAGGAAGGUAUCUUGGUUUAAAUCAGUGCAAGACAAGAGAUAAAAGAGAGCACAUAUAUAUCUGAAUUAAUUCUCUCUUCACUUUGAAAAAGGAGGAGGACAAGUUCAAAAGUAGAUUAUGACACUUGUAUAGUAUGUCUUUGACUAUGCUAAACCACUUCCACAUUUACCUCAUUACACAAAACAUAGGAUUCCUUCUCCUAGUUGAAGAAAACACAGUAGCUAAGUAAAUUCGAAGACCUGCUGCAUUUCUUGAGCAAAAAAAUGUCAUCAUCAUCCAUGAGGGAGAUGGAGGCAGCGUGCAACGGGCUGGUUCGUAGAAUGGUGAGCCUCCCUAGGAACAUUCUAGGAGGCUUCUCAAGAGCCAUGAACCAAGGCAUUGACAGAAUGUGGAUUGGAGGAGGAAGAAGAAACCACCCAAACUUGCCACCCCCACCCCCCUUGCUUCAAGAGGAGUGGGCUUUCCUGUCCACCUUCGAGCAGCAGCACGGCCCCACGCACCCCUUCUUCUACGCGUGCCGUCUCAUGGAUGCGCUCAAGAUAGCUAAAGAUGAGCACAAGUUGAUGUUCAUGUACAUCCACUCACCAGACCAUCCAUUCACACCCAACUUCUGCAGGGAGACGCUCUGCUCCGAGCUCGUCGUGCAGUUUGUUGAUGCCAAUUUUGUUAGCUGGGGUGGGAUUUCCAGCAGGGGAGAAGGCCUGCAUAUGGCCACAACUUUGAAGGUCUCUAGCUUCCCAUUCUGUGCCAUUGUUGCCCCUGCCCCUGGUGACAAUCUAGCUGUGCUGCAACAGAUGGAAGGCCCAGUUUCACCAGCUGAGUUAGUAGAGAUCUUGCAGGGGACACUGGAAGAGCAAGGGCUGGCAUUUGGGAGCGGAGCAAGGCCUAAUCUUGAAGAAAAGAGGCGAGCAGACCGCCGUUUGAAGGAAGAACAAGAUGCUGCUUAUUUAGCAGCUCUCACCAUGGAUCAGGAGAGACAGAGAGAAAGAGAAAGACCAAGUGCACAAGAUAGACUCCCAAAAUCUGUCAUCAAACAGCCUAACAAAGCUUCAGAAACUUCUUCAGGCAAAAAGGGUGAAGUAACUCAAAUUCUGAUUCGUUUCCCCAAUGGGGAGAGGAGAGAACACAGCUUCUUGUCCACGGACAAGAUUGAAGCCAUUUACAGAUACAUUGAUUCAUUAGGCCUAGCUGCAGCUGGGAAUUAUAGGCUGAUAUCCAACUUUCCUAGAAAAGUGUAUGGUGUUGAUGAAAUGAGCAUGACUCUCAAAGAUGCAGCCCUCAAGCCAAAAGCAAGCCUCUUCUUGGAGAUGCUUUGACUAUGUAUGUCGUUAGAUGUUGACUGCAAUUAUAGUGGACUAUUUAUAUGUGCUGAGAUGAAGUUUGUGGAUCAGAGUGAAUUUGCUGGAAUUUUUCUUGUUAACUUGAGUAGAUUAUAGUAGGUUUAGAAUGAUUGUCUUGAGAAAUCCGACGUGACAUGAUGUUUCAAAAUCCUUUCCAUUGUAUAAUUAAUUAAAAUUGGUUCUUUGUGCA